GGAGGAGGAGGAGGAGGGGGGAGGAACGGACGGACGGACAAGCCAGAGAGGAGAGAGAGACCCAGAUAAACAGUCUCAUCCACCAGACAAGCUCCAAGCCGACCAAAAUACACCUCCCUCCCGGGUCCCCUGACCCCGACUCUCCUUUCUUCCCUUCCUCACCCCGACCGCUUCUUCCCAGCCCUCCGGAAAAGAACUGCAAGGCUGCCUCUUCUGCUGGAGGGCAGAAGCCGCAGGAUCUCCGGGAUUUGGAUUUUUUUUGGGGGGGUGGUGGUGGUGAUGAAGAUGGUAGAAGAAACUUCUUAAAUGAUCGCAUCUGGCUGCCUGUUUGGAGGAUUUCUGGGUUGGGGAAGAGGAAAGGAAAGUGGAAAAAAACUGAGAACUUCCUGAUCUCUCUUGCUGUGAGACAUGUCUGAGACUCCUGUUCAGUGUACCAUUAAGCAGGAGAGAAUUUCCUACACCCCUCCAGAGAGCCCGGUGCCAAAUUAUACUUCUUCCUCAACUCCUCUUCAUGUUCCAGUGCCUCAAGCCAUCAGGAUGGAGGAGGACUCUAUCAGACUGCCGGCACAUCUGCGUUUGCAGCCAGUUUACUGGAGCAGGGAUGACGUAGCCCAAUGGCUUAAGUGGGCUGAAAAUGAAUUUUCUCUAAGGCCAAUUGACAGCAACACAUUUGAAAUGAAUGGAAAAGCUCUCCUGCUGCUGACCAAAGAGGACUUUCGAUAUAGGUCUCCUCAUUCAGGUGAUGUGCUCUAUGAACUUCUUCAGCAUAUUCUGAAGCAAAGGAAGCCACGAAUUCUCUUCUCACCAUUCUUUCACCCAGGAAACUCUCUUCAAACACAGCCAGAGGUCAUGUUGCACCAAAACCACGAUGAAGAUAAUUGUAUCCAGAGAUCUUCAAGGCCACCGGUGGAAAAUAUGCACCACAACCCUCCUACCAUUGAACUCUUGCAUCGUUCCAGGUCGCCCAUUACCACCAACCACCGGCCUUCGCCAGACCCCGACCAGCGGCCCAUCCGGUCCCCGCUGGACAACAUGAUCCGGCGGCUAUCCCCGUCCGAGCGGAUCCCGGGCCCGAGGCUUCACCAGGAGAAUAACCACCAGGAGUCCUACCCUCUGUCAGUGUCUCCCAUGGAGAACAACCACUGCCCACCCUCGUCCGAAGCCCACCCCAAGCCGUCCAGCCCUCGGCAAGAGAACACUCGGGUCAUCCAGCUGAUGCCCAGCCCCAUCAUGCACCCUUUGAUACUGAACCCCCGGCACUCGGUGGAUUUCAAACAGUCCAGGAUGUCGGAGGAUGGACUCCAUAGGGAAGGGAAGCCCAUCAACCUGUCGCACCGGGAAGACUUGGCGUACAUGAACCACAUCAUGGUGUCUGUCUCCCCGCCCGAGGAGCACGCCAUGCCCAUCGGGAGAAUAGCAGAUUGCAGGCUGCUCUGGGACUAUGUCUAUCAGUUGCUUUCUGACAGCCGGUACGAAAAUUUUAUCCGAUGGGAGGACAAAGAGUCCAAAAUAUUCCGGAUAGUGGAUCCCAACGGACUGGCUCGACUGUGGGGAAAUCACAAGAACAGAACAAACAUGACCUAUGAGAAAAUGUCUCGAGCCCUUCGCCACUACUACAAACUCAACAUUAUCAGGAAGGAGCCAGGACAAAGGCUUUUGUUCAGGUUCAUGAAAACCCCAGACGAAAUCAUGAGUGGCCGAACAGACCGUCUUGAACACCUUGAGUCCCAAGAGCUGGAUGAACAAAUGUACCAGGAGGAUGAGUGCUGAAGGAACCAAGGAUCACCUCGGGAUGGAUCAAUGAAAAGGAAAACCAUCCAGCUGGAGUGCUGGAGGUGUGUGGGGGCAGGGUGAAUUGAGGGAAAGCAAAAAGGAAGAAACACAGAAUUGGGAGUUGAGCAGACCAGAAAGGACCCCAGAGCACCUUAGAUAAAGCACCUGCAGCAGCUGGGCUGGUGUUCUGGUAGAGGGACCAGAGCCUGGGACUUAUGUACUAUUUCACUCUCCUUUGGGGAUCUCCCUUGGCCUGUAAUUCCUCGUCCCCACCCCUUUGCCCAUUGUUAGUUUCUGGGUUUGGGGGUUGUUGCUGUUUUUUUAUGAACAUGCAGUUUGACUUUUUCAUAAUUCAUAUAGGGCAAGAUGACAGUUUGCUUUCCUAUGGAAAUAUAUAUAUAUCGAUUAUAUUUUUUUUUUGCAAGUCUCACAAAUCAUGGCAUAAAAAUCCAACCUGACAGGAAAGAGAGUAUGCAAGGUUUCUUUUUUUUUUUUUUCUACUGUACACAGAAGGUUUGCUUCUGUUGCUCUUGUGUCCUGGCUGCUGGAGGGUGGGGGAAAAACUUACUUUAAAAGAAAAAAAUUUUGAAAAGGGGCACUCACUCUUAUUUUUUUCCCUUUCCUUCUUUCCUUCCUGUCUGCCUUUGAUCUUUGGACAUCUUUCAGCAUAGUUCAGCGUAGCCUAACAUCUUGGGAAUUGCUGGUCUGUGAAAUAAAGCCAGUGAUCUAAGUGGUAAAAAGUAAAGGAAAAAAAAGUACCAGCAUUUGGCCACCCAUCUUAAAUAUGCCUUCAGGAAGUUAGGAAUUCUACAGGUGUAUUUCCAAAGGAUAUAUUCUAGGUCCAAAAAACAAAGAACAAUACAGCAUUGGAGAAGGGCACUCACCUAUUUGUCCUUCCAGAUACCACUCCCAAGUUGUCUACAAGCAUUAGGAUUCUGUAUAACACUGAAGAGAGAAAAUAUGAUAAUAAAAAAAAAACAAACCCAAGAACUUAAUGAAAAAUAUCUUGUAAAGUAGAGAACGUACAGAGAGGAGAGGUUGUAAGGAAACGCCUUGUUCUUCUUGCCCCGUCCUGGGUAUCAUCUUGCCAACAGUUCCAUACCCUAUCUUAUUUUUCCCGUUAUUCAGAUAUUUUUAUUAAUGAUUUCAUAGUGUCUUUUAACCUGUUUUUCCCUUUAGUCCCCAUUUGAAUUAGAGCAUUUGAGAUGAAAGGAACUUCCAAGCAGCACUAGCUGCCAGCAAUGAUCUUCUUCUCUUCCCUUUUGGGAUACAUAGUCAGCCCUUCCUUCCUUCCUUUUUAAUUAAUGGGAUAUCUGAACUCAGGACAGGGCUCAUUUAUCAGUCUGUUUCUCUUGGAAAUUAAGUCAGUAAUCUUUUAAGGUGAGGACUGUCUCACCUUUUGAUACUCCAGUUACUAAUAACAGAUGUUUUUUUAAAGAAAUGCUAAAGGCAUUUUUGAUUUUCUAGGCAUUUAGAAUUGAAUUGAAUUCAAUUUACUUUUAUUAAGCACCUACUAUGUACAAGACAUUGUGCUAGGUACUGUGGAUACAAAGACAAACUAAGCUUUACCUUCAAAGAACUUACAUUCUGUUGAGUUUAUCUUAUAAAGGUUAAGCUUUCCAGAAUGAGGGACACAGGCUUUUCUAUCCCCUUCUCCCCCCAUCAUAAAUUAAAAAAAAAAAAAAGGCUUCAUUAUUCUCAAGAAUUAUAUCAUUUCUGUGAACUUGCUUGUUUUGGGCAGUGCUCUCAUAGAUACAUCAGUAACAGUAGGUGCAGCUGCUAUCUCUAUUUCAGGCACCUGGAAUAUCUGGGCUUUCUCCUCAAACCCCUCCUGCCUUUCCCACCUUUCCUACUAGUCAGGUGUGUUCAGGACAUAAGCGUACAGGGUAACAGAAGCCUCUCUUUGGACAAUUCCUAAUAGGGGAACCCAUUGAGUGGACAAAUAUCAAGACAGAUAUUAAGAGCUGACAAUAAAUUUAUCUUACGUGUUACUUUGCCUCUAAACACGUCCUAGGUCAAUGCAAAAUCAAAUGACGGCUUUCCCUCUUCUAGAAUGAUUAGGGCGUGUAGGCGUGUAGGUAGACUUCCUGACUGUCAAUACAGCAACAUAAAACACCUGGGUUUUUUUUUUUUCCUGCUUUAGUAAAGAAGAAAUGCCAUAUAGUAGUUCACCCCAACAUGGUUCAAGUGCAUACAGAUCUUUUAAGCUUGCUUAGAGGCAACAGCCAGAAAUUUUUCACCCUCGAAGACAAUUGAUAAUGGAGCUCAAAGGAUUAAAUUGAGCCAGGGGCUGUACUUAAUAUAUUGUGAAAAUAAUUCAUAUUUUUAAAGACAAGAGAAAGGGCAGAAAUUUUUAUCCAAAGGCAAUAUUUUAUGGCUCUGAAAUGGAAAGAAAAUCCUGCAUCUUUGAUUUGGGACAUUAGGUUUUGAUCAUUCCAACCAGAGACAAAUAUUGAGUCUUUUCUUAUCCAAGUGGAUAUGUGGCAGAAUUAAAGAGGAAAAGCUCUCUUUUCCUUAAUGCUUCUAUAUUUUCUUGCAUUCUCUGUGAAAAUGCAAAAUGAUAACCAUGAUGAAGAAAUGGCAAACAGUAUCCAUUUCUGCAUAAUCCCCUUUUGUUUGUUUUUUUCAUAAUCUGUUAUUAAUCCAGAUGUUUUAUAUAACACUUUUCCCUUAAGGUAGCUGCUAAUUAUGUUCACCCCACAAGUUCCAGCUGAUGGUAUGCUCUAUAAAGAAGGAAAUAGGAUGUUUGAAACCUCCUGCAAGUACAGUAUUUACCUGCUCCUACCCUUAAAGGCUUUCUGAUUUUGUGGACAGAGUCUAACUGGUAUGAAAUUGUCAUUUCUCCCCUACUAGAUGAUACCAGUUAUCAAAAUGUCACGUUGGGCCAAACUUAUUCAACAAUGUAAAUAGUUCUGUUCUUGCCUUUCUGCCAUCCCAUGGGGAUUUUUGGCCUGCAAAGGAAGGAAAGAAAAGUACAGAGGUGAGAGCUACAUGAAAAGAUGUUUCUCCUCUAGUUGAAUCCAGGAAUCUGAGAAUUGAAAUAGCCCAGCCUGUCUCUGACCAAAAAUCCCCCUCUAAUGUCUUAAAAAAUGAAUUGUCUAUUCUCUACCUGAAAGCCUCCAAUAAAGGAGAACCUGCCAUCUUAGUCUUUUAUCCACUGUAGGUUCUAAUUUGUCUAGACCCUAUUGUAAGCCAAUAGAAAACAAUUAGAUGCUUGUCUGUCUGACAUCAAACAAUCAAUGUUAAAUACUAGUUAUGUGCUAGGUACUGUGCUAACCACUUGGGAUACUAAAAGAAACAAGACAGUCCCUACCCUUAAGGAGUUUACAAUCUACUUUCUGCUAAUCAUUUUUAUUCCAAUUUUCCCAUUCUCUUGAUGGAAGAAAAAAUGAAAGGCAAGUAAGAAAUUGAACAAUUCAUUUUUCUCACUCUCACCUAUUAAUCAUUCCCGCCUUUCUCAGUGUCCUUCCUAUCUCUUACUCCUAAUACAGCUUUUGUUAUUAUUUUCCUUAGUAUUUAUUGUCAACAUUAGUUCAUUCUGGGCCCUAUGAUUCUGUCAGUUCUUAUAGGAUUGUCUUUUUCAGGUUCAUGCUACUCUGUCAUAUUCAUGGUCAAAUUAAUUACCCUUUCUUCCAUCUUGCAUAUGCCUUCUAAAAAUCUUAAUUAGUUAGUUAUUUCUUAGUAUAUUCAUGUCAGUUUCUUUUAGCAGCCUGCCAUUUUCUUUCCCGUCAGAAACAGAUCUGUCUCAUCCUCAAAAUUCCAUUCUUGAGAAUUUCCUAUCCACUUUGAGUCAACUUCCCUAGCAAAAUAUUAGGCCAUUGGAUCUGGACUUUUUGAAAUAUCAUAUCCCCAGAUGUGUCUGGGUGUUUAUUAUACCUCUGCUUGGCUUUUCUUACCCAUCACUUCAUUACAAAUGGUAUCUUAAUGGCCACUUGCCCCCAAAUUUUAUGCUUUAUAUUGCAUUUCUUUAAUCAAUUAAUUCCUCUUUGUUGAUCAGAAUGGCCCAAGAAGGCAGUUCCCCCUUGUUGCUUCUCCACCUUUUGAAAGAUAAACUUAAUUGUCAAGACAAGCUACAGCUAUCAGUUGUUCUCCUCUCAGCAAUAGGAUGCCAGCAGGUGUCUAGAUUGUUAAAGACACCUUUAUUCAAUUUGUCUUUGUAUUUCAAAACAGUACUUCUGUAUCCCUCUAUUGAUUGUUACUCAGAUCUUCUCUACAAUGACCUCCCCCCCUUUUAACAUUCUUGGAUUUCCCCUGUGAAUAUAACUUCCUAAUAUGCAGUGCUGUUCCCCUUUCCCCAUGAUCUGUUCUGCUUUUUUUGAAUAAAGUAUGCCCUUCCAGAGCCACGAUCCAGUCAUGAAUCUCAUCCCACUCAAUUCCAAUGGAACUGGUAAGGUAAAAUUGGCCUCCCUAGCCUAGCCUAGCCACAGGACCUCUAAUUUUCAUCCUGCACUUCUCUAACACCCUAUGUUCUUGACAUCUUUAUUUUCUCUGUACCACUGGAAGUCAGAAAACCAUAACUACUCUCUUCAGAUAUUUUGUUCAGUAAGUCACUGACAGAUUGCCACCUUUCCAUCAGACUUAAGCAGAGACAUCUUGGCAGAGAUGCUGGACUGAAUGCAAGUAUGCUAUAAUCUCUAAAAUACACUCAACUUCUUCAGCCUCCUUGCUGAUUGGGACACCAAUUUGCCAGCUGUUCAAGAGCAGUUAGGAGAAAACUACAGAGAGAGGACAGUAAAUGCUUUCAUUGAAUACUAAAAGUUAAAGAAAGGAUUCCUAGACUUUUUUAUAUCCUGGACCUUUUUGGCUGUCUGGCAGAGUUCAAGGACUCCUUCUCAGAAUAGUGUUUUUAAAUGCAUAAAACAAAAUUGAUAAAAUUGCAAAGGAAAUCAGUUCUGUUAAAAUAUUAAAACAAACAAAAACCUCCAGUUCAGCUACUCUAGUGAAGAACAUUUACUGUCCUCUACAAUGCAAUCUGUCAAUCAAGAUUAACCUUCCAAGUAAAAAUUGAGAGCUAAAACCAGAUUUCUACUUUCUAUUUCCUAGAGUCCAAAAUUAAAAAUAUUUUAGAAGUACUAACUGCCUGUUGUAGAUGGGAAGAUUGGCAUAGAGAAGUUUAAAAACUGGAGACAGCAAGUCAGAGUCAGCACUAAGGUUGGGACCUAGAAUGCAGCAAACUUUAUUUAUAUUAGCCAUAGUCCAUUUGACUGACCCAUCCUUGCAAAGGAAGCUGAAGAAAAUUAUGAAAAAAAAUAAGCAAAAAAAAAAAAAAAAAAAAAAAGGAUAGCAUUUCUUUGCCAGAAUAUUUGGUGCUAGUUGGAAGCAUUUAAUCUACUACUUUUCUGAAGAGGGAACUAGACUGAGGGGUGUAGUGUUCCAUUCCAGGGCUGGACAUAAAAAUUAUUCCUCUGCCUAAUUGAAGUCAAAUAGAAUUCUCUCAGUCAUAUCUCAUCAACACUAAUUGACUACCAACUGUCUAAAUAUCUCACAUGCCCAGUGACUAUUCUUAAAGGUUUUUCUUUGUGACAACCAUCUGCAAAUCCACAAUGAAUCUAGACUUUUUUUCUUUUUCUUUUUCUUCUUCUUCUUCUUCUUCUUCUUUUUUUUUUUUUUUUUUUUUUUUAAGUUUCUAAUCUGUUGUUUAUGAGGUGUGGGGUUUAUAAGGGACUGAAUCAAAUGAAUGUAACCAAAUACAAAAAAAAAAAAAAA